AUGAAUCUACUACCAUUUUGGUCUAGGAUACAGUCCCCAGAAGCGCCAGUAAACAUCAACUCGUUCGAAAGUGUCAACAGACAUGUAAAUUUUAGCAUACGCCACCACGCGUUCGACAAUACCAGUCACCAAACAAGAAUUCCGCCACAAAACCAUGAGCCACGAAGCAACAAACGAACGAUCGCCGACGACUUAGCGGGUUUAGAUGAAAAAGUAUGCAAAUCCACCGAAAAGAAAGAAGACAAGAAGAGAAAGGAUGCAUGGGAGAUGUAG